GCUAUGCAGAAUUAAAAAUUCUUUUCCAGAAUCGAAGUAGACAUGAAAUAAGUGUUUGGAAUGGUCGACUUAACCUCAAAAAAUGGACAAGUGAAAAAAUUACACAUAUAUAUCAUUUUUUAAUUUUUUCUGUUCUUAAGCUUUAAAAAAAUCGACCGUUCCACACCUUUAUUUUAUCUACUUUAAUCUUGGCGAACCUUCAAUUCUGUAUAGCUUAUUCGGAGAUUUCGGAGAAUCUCCUAACCUUUAAUGCCGGGAGGAUUUAUCUGGCGCUAUAUAAUCUUGCGAGAAGUGCAUACCCUCGUACGCUGAUUUCCUGAUUUGGUUGAUUCCCAUCCAGGGAUCACGACCAGUUUUUGUACAAAUACACUGCUUAUUAAAGCCUGGUUGCUUAUUAAAGCCUGAUAUCAAGACCGCCUCCAGUACACGGAGACACGGACAUAUAUACCAACUAACAAGAAGAGGUGCUUGUUACUGACUGAGCGAAAUAUGGCAGGAGCUUUGGAAUCUAUGGUGGUGGACGAGAAACAGCUUCCCGAGAAGCCGGUAGAUAGAGAGAAGGUAAAUAUGACAUGUCCACUUCUACUGCGAGUGUUCUGCAACACCGGACGUCAUCAUAAUAUAAUGGAGUACAGCAGGGGAAACGUUCCUUCAAACGAAUUGCAGAUAUAUACAUGGAUGGAUGCAACUUUGCGGGAAAUCACAGGCUUGGUUAAGGAAGUGAACCCGGACGCUCGCAGCAAGGGAACGUACUUCGACUUUUCAUUAGUGACUCCCGAGCUACGCAAUUCCGGUUAUCGCAUGCGUGAAAUUGGUGUUACGUGUUCCGGACAGAAAGGCGCGGAUGAUAACAAAACGCUCGCACAAGCAAGAUUCACAAUAGGAGAUUAUCUGGAUAUAUCGAUAACGCCGCCGAACAGGAUGAUGCAACCAGCAGCUAGACGUGGUGGUUUACGUCAAUAUUAAUAUAACAACCUUAGUAUUUAAGUUAUGACAAGAACAAUAUGUCUUUUAUAAGUGAAAUGCAUAUGCUAUGGCAAAAAGACUUCCCAAACUUUGUGCUUAUAAGUGAUUAAGAUAAAAUUAUAUUUCACGUACGAGGAAUUUUACAUAUAAAUAUAUUGAGCAUAGCGGAA